UCGUUUACUAUGAAACUGCUCCUUCUUCCUCCUAGACCGGCUGUCCCUCCCCCCUGCUAUGCUCCACGCCGCCGAACCAGAAGGAGAGCCUCCCCUUCCAUGGCGUCUCUCUCUACCCAUCACUACCCUCUCGCCGAACGUCCUCUGAGAUACGCCGUGCUCGGUGCUGGCUUUGCUGGACUCUCCGUCGCCUGGCAUCUUUUGCGGCACAGCCCGGAAAAGUUGCAUCUAAGAAUUGACAUAUAUGACGAAAGUGGCAUUGGUGGUGGUGCAUCUGGAAUUGCUGGAGGACUUCUUCACCCGUAUUCACCCAAAGUAAAACUUCUUUGGCGGGGUGCAGAAUGUUGGAAAGAGUGUCUCAAGCUUCUAAAUAUUGCUGAAAGAGUGGUGGAUAAGAGGAAUUCAAAUUCUCAAAACGUGGAGCUUGAGUGGAAUUUAGGUGAAAGUAUUAUUAGGAGAAGGGGCAUCUUAAGACCAGCAAUGGAUGCAAAACACCUGGAUAUAUUGACAAAUAAUGCACAAAAUUGCCUUCCCUUUUGUAAAAUAGAGUCAAUUGACAAGGAUGCUGCAGAAGCUCUGGUGCCUAACAUAAAAGUACCUUUUAACUCUGUCUUCCAUAUGCCUGAGGCAGUGAAUAUCCAUCCUUUGUGCUAUCUUCAGGCACUUUUCUUGGCUUGUCAAGAUUUAAUAGAAGAGAUGUCAACCUCAAGCUUUGGAGGAAAAGAGCUUUACAUGCACAAGAAAUCAAUUGACAGACUUUCUGAUUUUGAAGGAGAAUAUGAUGCUGUAAUAGUUUGUCUAGGGGCCAAAGCAGACCUCCUCCCCGAGCUCUCUGGAAGACUUCCCCUUAGGACGUGCAGAGGAGUCAUCGCUCAUUUGCAGCUACCUGAUGAUGUUGGAGAAACUUAUCCAGAUCACAGCCCCUCAAUCCUGUCCGAUGCAUGGCUUGCUGUUCAGGGACCCCGAGAUAUACUUGUAGGCUCCACAUGGGAGUGGAAGUCAAGAAACUAUUCGUCAGGUGUAUCAGCAGAGGAAGCUUCGACAGCACUUAAACAACUUUUACCAAAGGCUUCUGCCAUUUACCCGAAAAUCAAGGACUGGUCUUUUGUUGGAGCUAAGGCAGGCAUAAGGGCAAUGCCGCCACUCACUUCCUUUGGCUCACUUCCAGUUCUCGGUAGAAUAGAUGAUUUGGUGGUUGGGAAUCAUUCUUGUAAAUAUUGGUUUUUUGGAGGGCUUGGUGCCAGAGGUCUGUUGUACCAUGGUUUGCUGGGUAAACUCAUGGCACAAGCUGUUCUUUUCAAUGAUGAAACUUUGCUACCUGUAGAACUGACUUCUUGGAAGAGAUAAAAUCAUUGCUUUAGGGAUAACUAACGUCUUCCCAU